AUGCACAUACUCCUGCCCCUGGUGGUCCUUCUCCUACCCCCCAAGACUGAAGCAGGGGACAUCAUCGGAGGCAAAGAAGCCAGACCCCACUCCCACCCCUACAUGGCAUUUCUUCAGAUCAAGACUCCUGAGGGCUGGAGCAGUUGUGGGGGGUUCCUGGUGCGUGAGGACUUCGUGCUGACAGCAGCUCACUGUGAGGGAAGCUCUAUAAUCGUGAAACUGGGGGCCCACAACAUCGGCAGGCAGGAGAGGACCCAGCAGAGCAUAGGUGUGCGCAGAGCGAUCCGCCACCCUCGCUAUAAUCCUCAGAACAUCCAGAACGACAUCAUGUUACUGCAGCUGGAGAGGAGUGCCAGGAGGAACCAAGCUGUGCAGACGCUGAGCCUGCCACAGUCCCAGCACAGGCUGCCUCCACAGACCCUGUGCAUGGCGGCCGGCUGGGGCCUGGUCGGCCUGAACAGGGCAACCCAGAAGCUCCAGGAGGUGCAGUUAAGAGUGCAGCAGGACCAGGAGUGCAGAAGGCGCUUUAGCACCUACGACAGCCGAACGCAGAUUUGUGUGGGGAGCUCCAGGGAGAGGAAGAGCGUCUUCAACGGGGACUCCGGGGGCCCGCUGGUGUGCAACGGUGUGGGCCAAGGCAUCGUCUCCUAUGGAAGCCAUAUGGGCAACCCUCCAGCCGUCUUCACCAGGGUCUCGAGCUUCAUACCCUGGAUAAAGAGAACAAUGAGGCGGUUCAAACAGUGAGAAUGAGACACACACACUCACCCCCUCCGCUUCCACCCCUGCUGAUGGAUUCUUCUUCUCUGGGGCAGAGGCCAGCCCCAGGGGGGUUACCAGAGCUUUAAUAAGUGUCCGUGUCUGAGUGAAAUAACCAGUUUUUCAAUUGUCCUCUCAACGUCAUUCAGUUCACAACAGAUGUUUUCCAGCACUGAGUCUGAGCGCCUCCAGAAAAAGGGGCUUCUUCCCCAAACAAAUGAUGACCCUGUAUGAUGCGCAGGAUGAACUUCUUACUCCCUCCUCCAAGCCAUCUGUGCCCUGGUCUCCUCUAUACCUGCUCCCCACCCCCAAACCUGGUGAAUGAUGGAAAGACUUCUGUCUCCCGGGGGACACUAGACAGUAAAGAAUUUUCCAGAACCCUGACCACUGUCACCACACGUAGGACAGGCUGACCAGAGGACAGAACAGAAGCAUCACACAAGGCCCCAUUUAAUACAUGAUGAAAGCGGCCCCUUAAUUUCUGCGGGGAAAUGAACUUUUCUUAGACUGUGCUACUACCACAUAGUUAUUUGGAGGGGAAAAGUAAAAUUGGAUCAACCCUUCAUAGCAUAAACCAAAAUUACCUCAAAUAUAUCAGAGAUCAGAAUAUGGAAAAGUAAACCAUAAAUAUACUAGAAAAAAAGAAAAGUUCUUGCUUAAAAUAUAGCUAAUUGGGUGCCCCCCCUGGUGGCGCAGCAGGUUAAAGCACAGCACUAAGAAGCUAAAGCCAC